AUGGCUCACAUACUUAAUCUAAUUGUGCAAGAUGGUUUGAAGAAAAUUGAUAUUUCUGUAAAAUGUGUUAGACAAGCUGUGAGGUGGAAUUUCACCUACUUGAUGUUGGAAAUAACGCAAAACUUUGAGAAGGCCUUUGACAAGCUUCAUCUUUUUUAUGAUGGAUUUUCUACUCAUCUUUGUAUGCAUGUUUGUGAGGAUGGGAAUGUUGCAGGUCCAUUUGUAUGUGAUGAUUGGGUGAAUAUGAGAAACGUGAUAAAGUUUCUUGAAAGAUUUCACAAACUCUCCGAAAAAGUUUCAGAUCCUCAUAACAAAUUAGAGUAUGUUGGUUUUGCACUUGAGAAAAUGUUCGGGGAGGAACCAGGAAAGAAAUUAACUGCCGAAGUGGAUGCUUAUUUGAAUUCUUUGUUUGGGGAGUAUAAAAAAAAAUAUUCCAAAGGAUGUUAUCUUCAAUCAUCUUUAUCUAAAUCUACUUCAUUUGAUGACACAUCUGAUUCAUCUAGUGGGAAUGUGAGAACAAAAUAUGUGAGAACAAAGCAAUUAUUAAAAAGGCAAAAGGAAGACUCCGAAAGUGUAGGUGCUAAAUCUGAGUUGGAAAGAUAUAUUGGUGAAGGACAAGAGCCAUUGUCUGAUGAUUCUAAUGACUUUAAAAUAUUAGAUUGGUGA